AUGAGGGACAGUAUAGAAAUACCUGAAGAAAUUGAGUUCACAGAAUCUUUUAGAAAGGGAAAUGACUUAAAUGAAGGACCCCCUAUCGAUGAUGAUAUUGAUGAAGAUUUACCGAUUACUGAAUCACAAGAAUGGAAAAAGAGAAGAGAUAAACAUAAUCCUUCCCUUAGUAAAGUUGUUGAUGAGACUAUUAUUGAAGAAAAUGAGCAAGCCAUUCCUGAUGUUGAGGAGUUUAAAAACUUGAAAAAGCUAAUCAUGGGCCCCGAAGUUCCAACUACCUCAAGUUCAGUCAAGAAAAAUAAGUUUUCAAUCUCUUCAAAGUCUAGUAAAGCUUCAGUUAGCAAGUAUUCUGCUCCAACAGGCAAGAACUCACCCCCAAUUUCCCAAAAAUCAAACCAAAAACUUCGCAAAAAUUCUAAAAUCUCAAAUCCCACCAAUAAACCCAAAAAUGCCAGCCAAAAGCCACUUGGCUUGACUCCUUCAGGGUCUUCUUCAAAGCACAAAACCAACAAAUCUUUCUCAUAUUCGAACUAUCCAAAAACCCAGGACAUCAAGGCAUUGAAGAGACCAAUCCAAAAGACAGAAUUUAAAUCGCCUAAAAAGGACGAAGUUACAGUCAAAAUCCUUCAGAAAUUAUACAGGAUCCAUAGCCGGUUUCGACUAGUCAUUGAUGAGACCAUCGAUGUAAGCAGGCCUAUCUAUGACACAGAUGAUAGCAAAGGCAAGCAGAUCUUUGAUUUUGGUGAGAAACCAGAGCUCGAAGAAUAUGAAGCAAGAGUCGAGAAAUUUAUGCAACUCAACAGCGAAACGUAUAAGGAAAAACAACAGUUAAUAAAAGCAUGAUUUCAGAUAGAUGAAAGCCAUGAAGAAGAGGAUAAGGGAGAGGAUGAAGAACAAAGCGCUGGCAUCAUGCAUGUCUCUCUUCUUAAUUUAAAAUAAGCAUCACAGCUUGUUUUUGAACUUAAGCACAGAUAUGUGUAAUGAAAUGAUCUUACAAAUGCCAUUACUAGUCCUGAAAGACUCUGAAUUGUUAUAUAAAGAAGGAGAACCAAUCAAUGCAGCUUAUAUAGUGGUCAUGGGGAAAGUAAUCAUGCACUCGAAAAAGCUUGGAGCAAUAGGUCUUGUCAAGGUCGGAGACGUUAUUGGAGAAGAAUGAUUAGUCCAUAACUCAAAAAUCAAGACUAGAUUAGAAAAUGCUUACUCUUCAGGAGAAACAUAUGUUUUAGAGUGAAUUCCAGAUUUCUGGGAUAAAUUAAAGAAUAUUUUACUCAAUCUUAACCAGAGAAGUGACUUUGCCAAGCUAGCAAGGGUCGUCGAGCUAUGAUUCGUCAAGAAGAAAUCAUGGAGACAGUACAGGAAGAAGAAAAUGAAAGAACUAUAACUAUCAAUAACCCUUACAUUA